CUUAUCCACCAUGAUCGGCGUCGUGGGUGUUGUAUCGCUGGCAGCUCUGGGAUUCACAGCUUGUAUUUCAUUAAAUCUCUCUGUGGUCAUCAUUUAUCUGAAGGACUGGAUGAACGGUCAGAGGUUGUCUGCACUUGACCAGAUCUUGCUGAGUACAACACUCACCAGCAUAACCCUGCAGCUCUCCAUAUCCUUUGAUGCUGUUUUAUAUUUUGCCCGGAUGUAUGCUGUCUUUAGUGAUUUUGUAUAUUUGUGCAAUGUAGCCUUGUUUUUUUAUCUCCUCGAGCUGCAUUUUUGGCAGACUGCUCUGCUUUCUGUCUACUAUUGUGUAAAGCUUGUCAACGUCUCUCACUGCUUUUCGUCAUGGCUGAAAACUAAAAUGUUGACCUCCCCAAACCAGCUUGUGCUGGCAUUAGACAUUGCUCUGUUCCUCUUGGCUCUGCCUCUCAUUUGGAGCAUCCAGAUAAGCAACCUCAAAGACCCGACGCGUAAUUCAAGUGUUAGCGGUUAUAUGGUUUCCUUGCAUAGCAUCUAUGAUGUAUUCAGCAUGACCAUUGGUUGUAUCGUACCGUUCACUAUCACCUUCACCUGCAUUGUGCUGAGUGUAAGGUCUGUCAUCAGCCAUGUCUGGAGAAUCAGACAAAACGCCUCUGGAUUCAGCUUCUCUCCUCAGAUCCGAGCUCAUGUCCGAGCUUCGACUACAAUGCUUCUGAGCGAGGCAGUCAACUUGUCCUUGAUCUUCAACGUACUUGUCCUAUUUCAGACCACAGUUAUUGCAGGAACAAUAUUACAUUUCAUUUACUGGUUCAUUUUCAUGGUUCACCCGACGAUCCAGGUCAUUGUUCUGAUCACCGGAAACUCCAAGCUGAAGAGUCGACUGCAAAUAAAAUGUCAAUAA